UUGGCCCCGCCUGUAUGCUGUGAUGUAAGGACGCAAUGCAAUGAAAGGCGGCGAUCUAAUAGUGUGUGGAUUUGUUCAAAAAGCUCGUUGGACGCUGUGGAUGAUUUCACUGAAUCGCCACGUAGCCGGUUGUUGGCGCCGCCGUAAUGAUCUGCGUACUUCUAGUUGCUGGACAUGGGACAUUGCUGGAGAGCGAGAUCAAGAAUGAAGCAACCGGCCUAUAUUCCCAUUUGGAGGGAAUCCCAAAGGCUCUGUUACCUGGAGUUGGUGGGAAGAAGAUCUUGGAUUUCUGGUGGGAAGUUGUUAAUAUGCGUAACCUCUUCAGUCAAGUCUACCUCGUCACAAAUGCGGACAAAUACAAGUACUAUGAGCGAUGGGCAACUGCCAAUGACUUCCCAACAGAAAACAUUAUUAAUGAUGGUUCAACUACCAAUGAAACACAGUUGGGUGCUGUGGCUGACUUUGAGCUGGUGGUCAGUAGCAAGAAGUUCAGUGAUGAUGUCAUGGUGAUUGCUGGGGAUAUGCUGUGUGAAGAUCUGAACUUUGAUAUCGCUGAGGUCCUCAAGUUCUUCAAGUUUAAGAAAGGUGAGCUGGCCAUUUACUACGAGAUGGAAGAAGGCGAGAAGACUGAAUCCAGGGGGAUAGUUGAGGUGUGCCCCCAUACACACAGAAUCACCAAGUUUUAUGAGAAACCAUCCGCAGAUACCACAGCAUCAAGGCUCGCCAGUGUGGUUUUUUAUUGUUUCCAGAAACAGACACUGCCCACUCUCGGAGAAUAUUUAAUUCAGUAUCCACAGGUGAAUGAUCGAGGUCUUGGGAAGUACAUGGAAUGGCUCAUCAACAAGACAAAUAUCCCAGUAUUUGGAAUGAAGUUGCCAACAGGAUUCCAGCUCAUCGGUCAAGUGGGUCUUUCUGAAUAUAAGAAGUGGUUGGCACACUACUCUGCGAAACAACAUGGUUCAACAGUCAAACAAAUUACCUGCCGUUCCUAUGCAAGGGUAGGAAUUAUGGGAAAUCCAUCAGAUGGCUUCAAUGGAAAGACAAUUGCCAUGACGAUAUCUAACUUCUGGGCUGAUGUGACGAUACAGGAAAGCAAAAAAGUCGUGCUGAUACCCCAUCCUCUGAAUGACCCAACAGAGUUUGGCAGCUUGCAAGAUUUGUAUGGGAUCAGUCGAAAGGAAGGUUACCUGGGUGGUUUGAGAUUACUGCAAGCAACCUGUAAGAAGUUCUAUCAGUACUGCUCAGAACAAGGAAUUGCUUUGGCCAAACGGAACUUUACUCUGAAAUAUGACACUAACAUACCACGGCAAGUGGGACUUGCUGGAAGCAGUGCGAUAGUUUCAGCUACACUUAAGUCCUUGAUGAAGUUCUAUGAUUUAAUUGAUGAUGAUUUACCAAAGCCACUUCGAGCAAAAUUUAUUUUAAGUGUGGAGUCUGAAGAACUAUUUAUUACAGCUGGACUUCAGGAUCGAGUAGUCCAGGUUUACGAAGGGCUUGUAUACAUGGAUUUCAGCAAGGAACUCCUGGAGAAACAGGGCUAUGGAAACUAUUUUAAUAUGGAUACAAGCUGUUUACCCAACUUCUGGCUUGCUUACAUGGGAGAGCCAAGCGACUCUGGGAAGAUUCAUAGUAAUGUGCGACAAAGAUGGCUCAAUGGUGAUUCUGAUGUUAUGGCAGCAAUGAACACGUUUGCAGAACUCACUGAUCUAGCUAAGACAGCCUUGGAGUCAAGAAAUUGGCAUGAACUUUCUGAGCUUAUGAACAAAAACUUUGAACUAAGAAGGUCAAUAUAUACAGAUGCCUGUUUGGGUGAAGGAAAUUUGAGGAUGGCACAGCUUGGCAGAAAGUUUGGCUCUGCAGUAAAGCUCCCUGGCAGUGGAGGGGCAGUAAUUGGUCUGUGCUUGAAUCCUGACAACCUGGUUGAACUAAAGAAGGCUUUCCAAGAAGCUGGCUUUGUGAUCUGCGAUGUUGUCCCAUAUGUUCCUUGAGUUUUAUUCAGUAAAUUUCAGAAGACAUUUUCUAAUGGGGACAGUUUUAACAAGUCUGCAAUAAUCAGCUUAAAUCACAGAACUGAAUUACAAUUUGUGAAGUUAUUUUAAAUAUAUUUAGUAUUCAGCCUGUAUUUCUAGCUUCAGUGCUUGUGUGGAAUAUUGCUCAAAUAACUAAAAGUUAAUUUGCUGCAACAAAAAGAUCAUUGAAACUGAUUACUUAAUAUAUAAAAUUUCCCAAUUUCAUAAGUUUUUUUCCAGUAUAACUUUUGGGUAGUCUCCAUCAAUUACAAUUUUUAAAUCGACUACAAUUAAUAUGCAGUCAUAAAGCCAAGUUUCAAAGUUGUAAACUAAAUAUUUUAGAUUUUUAAAAAAAAUUAUUUUUAUAAAUUAUAAUUGAACCCAGAGACUGGAUGGUAUUCCUUAAUGAAAGUUUUGUAGAAAUUUUCUUGUAUUCUGACAACCAGUACCCACAAUACAAGAAAGAUGAUAAUGUCUCCAUCUCUUGAUCUUCAUUAAAGCUGCUGUUUUAAAACGUCUUUAAAGUUGACUGUUGCUAAUGUGUUCAGUAAGCCUUGGGUAAUCUUGCUGCUACAGAGCUUCAGUUUUUGACUUGGAGUGUUGUCUGUGUAUUGUUUGUACAUUUCCCCCCAUAACCAUACAUACUUCUCCCAGAUGCUCCUGUUUCCCCCAAAAUGUAUUGGUUGAUAGGUUAAUUGCCCAGUGUAGAUUACCACCCGGUGCAAUUAGGUGAUAAAAGAAUCAAAGGGAAAUUAAUAGUUAUGUGAGAGAGAAUUGGUUACAGAGAAAUAAAUAGUGUCGGGGUGGCAAGGAUGGAGCUACCAUUGGCAUUGUUCUGAGAGUUAGCAUAGAAACAUUCAAAUAUAACUUAUUGUAUAUGAUUUUAAGGUGGCACUCUUCAUUUUUUGUUGUUAUUAAUAACAGGUUAUUAUUUUUGUUUGGUAUUCAGAUGUCAAGUAUUAAGAUGAGCUGCAUUUAGUCAUUGAUUUUUAAAAAAUAUAACAUUCUUAUCUGUAUUUAAAUUGGAUAGCUUUUAACAAACAAUUCUACACUUAUGUACUGUAGCAAGACAAGGAUUGUGUAGUAUCAACCCAACUCGCUUACAAGUAUUUAAAACCCACUUUUGUUGUACAAGAUUUUUCUGUAUUUCACCUGACAUCUGUGACAAUAGGAACUUGGAUGUACCCUAUUACCCUACACAUUUAUCUUGCUAAGCAUAAUCUGACAUGCAGUUUUUAU